CCCGCGUUGGGAAGGAUGUCAAGGGAAGGCCGGUAGGCGGCGGCAAGAGCAGCUGGAUGCGGCAACUGCAUCUCCUGUAGGACAAGAAGGCGGGGAGGAAGAAGCAGUAGCCGGCGGCGGCUGCGUCGGGCGUGCCAUUUCCUCCUCCGUCUCUCGCAUGUGUCUUAGGAGCAAUAGGGGAGCCUUCGCCUGCGGGAGCCAUGUCUGAAAGCGGCUCCUCGUCCGCCCGUAUCCCCAACGGCGGGGGCGCUUCCCGGCAGCCCGGCAACAAAGUGACCGUGGUCCUGGGGGCACAGUGGGGCGACGAGGGCAAAGGAAAAGUGGUAGAUCUGUUGGCGCAGGACGCGGACAUCGUCUGCAGGUGCCAGGGAGGCAACAAUGCUGGACAUACUGUUGUUGUGGAUUCAGUGGAAUAUGACUUUCAUCUCUUACCCAGUGGUAUCAUCAAUCCAAAAGUCACUGCAUUUAUUGGAAAUGGUGUAGUAAUUCACUUGCCUGGGUUAUUUGAAGAAGCAGAAAAAAAUGUUAACAAAGGAAAAGGGUUAGAAGGCUGGGAAAAAAGACUAAUUAUAUCUGACAGGGCUCAUAUUGUAUUUGACUUCCAUCAAGCUGCUGAUGGCAUCCAGGAACAACAAAGACAAGAGCAAGCAGGAAAGAACUUGGGAACUACAAAAAAGGGAAUUGGUCCAGUGUAUUCUUCUAAAGCAGCUCGAAGUGGGCUCAGAAUGUGUGAUCUAGUUUCUGACUUCAAUGAAUUUUCAGAAAGAUUCAAGGUGUUGGCCAACCAGUACAAGUCUAUUUACCCCACUUUAGAAAUAGACAUUGAAGGGGAAUUGAAAAGACUGAAGGGUUACAUUGAAAGAAUCAAACCAAUGGUGAGGGAUGGUGUGUAUUUUAUGUAUGAAGCUUUGCAUGGCCCACCCAAGAAAAUUUUAGUAGAGGGUGCAAAUGCAGCACUGCUGGACAUUGAUUUUGGGACUUAUCCUUUUGUGACCUCAUCAAAUUGCACUGUGGGAGGUGUUUGCACUGGCUUGGGUAUGCCACCCCAAAAUGUUGGUGAAGUGUAUGGAGUUGUGAAAGCAUACACAACUAGAGUUGGAAUUGGUGCCUUUCCUACAGAACAAAACAAUGAAACUGGAGAAUUGCUACAGACACGAGGAAAAGAGGUUGGUGUAACCACAGGUCGCAAGAGAAGAUGUGGUUGGCUGGACCUUGUGUUGCUUAGAUAUGCCCACAUGAUCAAUGGAUUUACUGCAUUGGCUCUUACCAAAUUGGAUAUUUUGGAUGUAUUUCCAGAAAUUAAAGUUGGUGUUGCUUAUAAAAUAAAUGAUAAAAUCAUACCUCAUUUUCCAGCAAACCAGGAAGUCUUAAAUAAAAUAGAGGUUCAAUAUGAGACACUCCCUGGAUGGAACACAGACAUAUCAAACGCCAGAACAUUUGAUGAACUGCCUGUAAAUGCACAAAACUAUGUCAGAUUCAUAGAAAUGGAGUUAGGUGUUCCAGUUAAAUGGAUUGGUGUAGGAAAAUCCAGGGAGUCAAUGAUCCAGCUCUUCUAAAGACACUGGAUAAAUGGAAGAAAGCACACCCCUCAAAGAGACUGCUUGUUCUUAUGUCUAUUCAUAGUACAUAAAGCAGUGGGGUUUUUUGGAAAGAUGGACUUUGUAUGUAAUAGAGCUAAAGAUGGUCUGGACUAACAGUCACUGUUAUAUUGACAUUUAUCAGUAUCAUUUAUCUUACCACUUCACAAAUUCCAGGACAUCUUGUCAUUGUUGCCACGAUUUGUCAUGGUGCCAUUGGAUUUUUCUUCUAGAUGUUUCUCCCAACGCCUUUCAAAAUCAAAGAUGGCAUCACUUUCAUGACCAUUCAUCGUUAUCUCUCUGCUUGGUGGUGUUACUUCCUGAAAUUUUAGAUGCUUAAAAUAAUGCAGUUUUGCACAGAGUUUUACAUCAUCAUUUGUACUCCUAAAGCCGUUGUUACAUGUAUGGCUGCUCUUAUAGUGUGUGAUUAAAGAGAGGAAUGAUUUUAUAACAAUGAAGAAAACUCUAAAUUUUUGUUACAGUUUUUAUUAAAACUGCUAUGAUAAUGAGUUGGUAAUUUGGAAGGGGUGCUUAAUAUGUAUACAGUGCAGCAAUUUAAUUUAUAAAUGAAGAUGAUCAAAAUGCUUCAGGUGUGUUAUGCUCACUACUGUAAAGAGUAGUUUUUUUAGUUAGUAUUAUACUCUUGAGUUUCAGAUUUUCUUCAGUCUAAUGAUCCAUUAUGUCAUUAGCCUAUUGCCAAAUACAUCCAUUUCCAAGUAUUUAGAGGAUGAUGGGAAACAAGAUGAAUAGAAGUGGUGGUUUCUUGUAAGGUACGAACACAUCAGUUUCCAGCAAACAGAUUUAGGUCACCCCUGGGCUACCCAGGUAAAUAGUCAUUGAAGACAAAACUUUACUGUCAUUUUGUAUCUCUGAAAACCUGAAUAUAUCAUUGGCAUAUAUCCCAAGCCAAUAAGUUUA